GGAUUUUUGUGUGGAGAGGGUUCUGAGGGGUUCAAGAAAGAGUGAUAUGCAGCAUCAGACGCUUCUCGGCCGGCGCGCCGCGCAUCCAGCGGCGGGCCUGACCACGAAGCCUGCUGUGCCCAGCCCCCGUGUGGCCAGCACCCGCCAGGUUGCUUGCAAUGUGGCUACCGGGCCACGGCCUCCGAUGACGACCUUCACAGGCGGGAACAAGCCAGGCAAUAAGCCUGUUUCAUUGGACCUUCGUGAUGAAGGCACUGGGUUGUUCACUAGCACCAGCCCGGAGCUGCGCCGUGUCGUCCCGGAUAACGUGAAUGGGCGUGUAACGGUAAAAGUUGUGUACGUCGUGCUGGAGGCCCAGUAUCAAUCCGCAAUUACCGCGGCCGUAAAGAACAUCAACGCGAAGAACAGCAAGGUGUGUUUCGAGGUGGUUGGUUACCUGCUGGAGGAGCUCCGCGACGCGAAGAACUUUGAGGCGCUUAAGCAGGAUGUUGCUACCGCGAAUAUUUUCAUCGGCUCUCUCAUUUUCAUUGAGGAGCUGGCUGAAAAGAUUGUGGAGGCUGUUAAGCCCCUUCGCGACCAGCUGGAUGCUUGCCUGAUCUUCCCGUCCAUGCCAGCUGUUAUGAAGCUGAACAAGCUUGGCACCUUCUCCAUGUCUCAGCUGGGACAGUCAAAGUCCGUGUUUUCGGAGUUCAUCAAGUCGGCCCGGAAGAACAACGACAACUUUGAGGAGGGUCUUCUGAAGCUGGUUCGGACUCUGCCCAAGGUGCUCAAGUACCUUCCCUCGGAUAAAGCCCAGGACGCUCGCAACUUUGUAAACAGUCUGCAGUAUUGGCUGGGUGGAAACUCGGACAACCUGGAGAACUUGUUGUUGAAUGUUUGCUCGUCAUAUGUGCCCGCUCUCAAGGGCGUGGACUUCAGUGUAGCAGAGCCGCAGCAGUACCCGGAUGUGGGUGUCUGGCAUCCUCUGGCCCCGAUGAUGUACGAGGACCUGAAAGAAUACCUGAACUGGUACGACACCCGCAAGGACAUGACUUUCGCUAAGGACGCGCCUGUCAUUGGUCUGGUGCUCCAGCGCUCGCAUUUGGUGACGGGUGACGAGGGUCACUACAGUGGUGUUGUAGCGGAACUGGAGAGCAGGGGCUCUAAGGUUAUCCCGGUCUUUGCAGGUGGCUUGGACUUCUCGUCGCCGGUGAAGAAGUUCUUUUACGACCCGCUGGGCUCAGGCCGUCCCUUCGUGGACACGGUGGUGUCGCUGACGGGAUUCGCUUUGGUUGGUGGCCCUGCUCGCCAAGAUGCCCCUAAGGCCAUUGAGGCUCUUAAGGCCCUCAAUGUCCCGUAUCUGGUCUCCUUGCCGCUGGUCUUCCAGACCACAGAGGAGUGGCUUGACAGCGAGCUCGGCGUGCACCCUGUGCAGGUGGCUCUGCAGGUUGCUCUUCCUGAGCUGGACGGCGCUAUUGAGCCUAUUGUGUUUGCUGGUCGCGACUCCAACACGGGCAAGUCGCACUCAUUGCCGGAUCGGAUUGCCUCUUUGUGUGCUCGUGCUGUGAAUUGGGCGCGUCUGCGCAAGAAGCGGAAUGCGGAGAAGCGCCUGGCUGUUACGGUCUUCAGCUUCCCGCCUGACAAGGGCAAUGUGGGCACGGCGGCGUAUUUGAACGUAUUCGGCUCUAUCUACCGUGUGCUGAAGAACCUUCAGCGUGAAGGCUACGAUGUGGGUCAGCUGCCCCCGUCGGAGGAGGACCUCAUUCAGUCGGUCCUGACCCAGAAGGAAGCACGCUUCAACUCAACUGACCUUCACAUUGCGUACAAGAUGAAGGUCGACGAGUACCAGCGGCUCUGCGACUACUCCGAGGCGCUCGAGGAGAACUGGGGCAAGCCACCGGGUACGCUGAACACAAAUGGCCAGGAGCUGCUAAUCUACGGCCGCCAAUACGGCAACGUCUUCAUUGGUGUACAGCCGACGUUUGGCUACGAGGGCGACCCGAUGCGUCUGCUGUUCUCAAAGAGCGCUUCGCCGCAUCACGGCUUCGCUGCCUACUACACCUACCUAGAGAAGAUCUUCAAGGCCGAUGCAGUGCUGCACUUUGGCACUCACGGCUCGCUUGAGUUCAUGCCCGGCAAGCAGGUCGGCAUGUCAGGCGUUUGCUACCCUGAUUCCCUAAUUGGCACCAUCCCCAACGUCUACUACUACGCUGCGAACAACCCGUCGGAGGCUACCAUCGCCAAGCGCCGCUCUUACGCGAACACUAUUUCUUACCUUACCCCGCCUGCUGAGAACGCUGGUCUGUACAAGGGCCUCAAGGAGCUUAAGGAGCUGAUUAGCAGCUACCAGGGCAUGCGUGAGAGCGGCCGCGCAGAGCAAAUCUGUGCCACUAUCAUUGAGACGGCUCGCCAGUGCAACCUGGACAAGGAUGUCAAGCUGCCUGAGGGCGAAGCAAAAGAUCUGUCAAUGGAAGACCGCGACCUGAUCGUGGGCAACGUGUACCGCAAGCUGAUGGAGAUCGAGUCGCGCCUGUUGCCAUGCGGCCUGCACGUGGUGGGCUGCCCGCCUACGGCCGAGGAGGCAGUUGCUACUCUGGUUAACAUUGCCGAGCUGGACCGCCCGGAUAACAAUCCCCCCAUCAAGGGCCUGCCUGGCAUCUUGGCGCGCGCAAUCGGCCGCGACAUGGAGCAGGUCUAUUCAGGGAACAACAAGGGUAUUUUGGCAGACGUCGACUGCCUGCAGCGCAUUACAGAGGCUUGCCGUGCCUGCGUGCGCGAGUUUGUGAAGGACCGCACGGGUCUGAACGGUCGCAUCGGCACUAACUUCGUCACGCAGCUCAUUAAGUUCACGGGCUUCUACGUGGACCCAUGGGUCCGCGCUCUGCAAAACGGCGAAUUCGCUAAGGCUGACCGCCAGGAGCUCAUCACUUUAUUCGACUACCUCGAGUUCUGCUUGACGCAGGUUGUCAAGGACAAUGAGCUCGGCGCGCUGGUGGAGGCUCUCAAUGGCCAGUACGUGGAGCCAGGACCAGGCGGCGAUCCUAUCCGCAACCCUAACGUUCUUCCAACGGGCAAGAAUAUCCACGCUCUCGACCCCCAGUCGAUCCCAACCCAGGCCGCUUUGAAGAGCGCUAAGCUUGUUGUGGAUCGCCUUCUCGACCGUGAGCGCGACAACAACGGCGGCAAGUACCCUGAGACAAUUGCGCUGGUCCUCUGGGGCACGGACAACAUCAAGACUUACGGCGAAUCCCUCGCCCAGGUAAUGAUGAUGGUUGGCGUCAAGCCUGUGCCGGAUGCCCUUGGUCGCGUGAACAAGCUGGAGGUAAUUCCGCUGGAGGAGCUGGGCCGCCCACGCGUUGACGUCGUCGUCAACUGCUCGGGUGUCUUCCGCGACUUGUUCGUAAACCAAAUGCUGCUCCUGGAUCGCGCUAUCAAGCUGGCUGCGGAGCAGGAUGAGCCUGAUGAGAUGAACUUCGUUCGGAAGCAUGCUAAGCAGCAGGCUGCUGAGUUGGGCCUGCAGAGCCUGCGCGAUGCUGCCACUCGUGUGUUUUCGAACUCGUCGGGUUCUUACUCGUCUAACGUCAACCUGGCCGUUGAGAACAGCAGCUGGAGCGAUGAGUCCCAGCUGCAGGAGAUGUAUCUGAAGCGCAAGUCGUAUGCCUUCAACUCGGACCGGCCGGGUGCUGGCGGUGAGAUGCAGCGCGACGUCUUCGAAGUGGCUAUGAAGACCGUCGACGUGACAUUCCAGAACCUGGAUUCUAGCGAAAUCUCACUCACGGAUGUAUCGCACUACUUCGACUCCGACCCCACGAAGCUGGUGGCUUCCUUGCGCAACGACGGCCGGACUCCGAAUGCUUAUAUUGCCGACACCACCACAGCGAAUGCGCAAGUCAGGACGCUGGGCGAGACUGUCCGCCUCGACGCGCGCACUAAGCUGCUCAACCCCAAGUGGUAUGAAGGUAUGCUUGCCUCCGGCUAUGAGGGUGUCCGCGAAAUUCAGAAGCGCAUGACCAACACGAUGGGCUGGUCGGCGACGUCAGGCAUGGUGGACAACUGGGUUUACGACGAGGCGAACUCCACGUUCAUUGAGGACGAGGCGAUGGCGCAGCGUCUGAUGAACACUAAUCCAAACAGCUUCCGCAAGCUUGUCGCGACGUUCUUGGAGGCCAACGGCCGUGGGUACUGGGACGCCAAGCCGGAGCAGCUGGAGCGGCUGCGGCAGUUGUACAUGGAUGUGGAGGACAAGAUCGAGGGUGUCGAGUAAGAGCGUGAUCGCUUUUUGCCAUGUGCAACCCUUCUGAAGCCAGGCUGAUUAGGCAUGCGCGCGGAGCCUGGACAGCUCAGUUCGAUGGGGGUGUUCGGGAUUCCCAUGGUCUUGGUUUGGCGUCACGGUUGGGUCCGUGUAUAGUGCUCCCUUCCGUAGGGCUGUUUUUGCCAGUGUGAUCCAUGAUUGUUGGUGUUUUCGGUGUGAGGCCUGUUCGCUUGCAUUGAAGACCAAUGCACCAGCGCUGCUUCAUGAUUCAGCUAGCUGUGGGAUAAUGUACAGCUGUGCAUCUUCUAGGUGUGAGCGGAUUGGAGCGAAGGGAAGACAGCUGAGAGGAGGGAUCACCGGACAUUCGUUCAUGACGAAUAGUGGGUGUCGAGGGGCCUACGCAGGGAUUGAGGAGCGGAUGACAUCGUGAUGGGCAGACCAUGUCGUUUGGAGUGCGUCGUUUGUGCGAGGACGUAUGGGAGUUCAUUGGGGAUUGUUUGCAUUCCGUUAUGGCUGCAUAUCACCCCGUCGGACCCCAGUUUCCUGGCUUGCUAGGAGUGAUGAGAGUGGAGUGAGAGGUUUAUGGGCGUGGUGUUGUUCGGUUAUGAAAUGUGUCUUUUAACGUUUGGUUUUUUGUUGGUAUGUAAUUCUUUUACCCAUUUCUUCGCUAUAACGCGGCUAUAUAGGAAUGUGAAUGGGACUCUAUCGAUGUUUGUUCCCUUAUACUGUAAUUUGUAUUAGAUCUGUACUGAUGUGUAAUAUGACCAUGUAACAGGUACAAGAAUG